ACGUGAACAUUCUGUUCUUCCGAUGAUUGUAAUGCUGCUGAUAUCAAGCAGUCACUGUCAACGUGAUUCGGAGACUACAGGACAACCAACAGUCUCAUCAAGUUGCUGCAGUGCUUGCCUUCCAGGCCACCCUGGGGUACCUGGGAUCCCAGGAAAUCCGGGGGGAAUCGGAGUUCAAGGACCUCUUGGCCCCAAAGGUGACCCCGGGUAUGGCCUCGCUGGACCCAAGGGAGAGACCGGCGAACAGGGACGGAAGGGGGAUCAAGGCGAGCCAGGGAUGCAGGGACCUUCGGGGAAGCUGGGACCUGCAGGUCGCAAGGGAGACAUCGGUGAGGGGCAGAAAGGUGACCAGGGGGAGCCAGGGCUCGAGGGACCGCAAGGUCCCCCGGGUGAAACGGGGCAGAAGGGACAACCGGGAGAAGCUACCCUUGUGACACCCACAGCGCCCUCUGCCGUCGCAUUCAGCGCUUAUCGCACAGCAAGUGUCACCGGCGGCACUGGCGAUGUCAUCAUCUUUGACAACAUCAUGACGAAUAUCGGAGACAGGUACGAUUCGCAGUCGGGCGUGUUUACAUGCUCACAACCUGGAGUCUACUUUUUCACGACCAGUUUUCUUAGUUUGAACACAGCAACGCGGCCUCAUGUACAGCUAAGAAAGAACGGUGCGCUUGUCUUUUCGAUUCAUGACAGUCAUGCCAAUUAUUACCACCAGUCCAGCAAUUCGGCAGUCCUUAUCUUGGCUACGGGAGACAGAGUCUGGCUUGAGUUUGGCAGCGGUAGCAGAGGUAUUUACAGCAGUUCACAAAGAUAUGCUUACUUCUCUGGCUUUUUGAUCCAUGCAGUGUAAAGCCAAAAUUUGGGAAACCUAAUGUGAACCCCCCUGUUUCGUUUAGUGUGAUCAAUAGGGUGAUUCUUUCCUGAAAUUAAUACAUGUUAUUGCUUGCGCUCGGCAAUAGGCCUUAGGCCAAAACAAAAUUGUUCUGCUUCAGGUUACCCUACAUACCCUUCUUUGAUACCCCUUCCCUAAUUUGUAUUUGGGGAAAAUGAGGGAAAAAACCCGAAAAUCUUCAAUUACUACCUUUUACCCUCUCCAUUAUGGUCGUACA